AUGGCGACUCCUUUAUCUACAGCUGGAAAUCCAUUAACAAAUAAACAAGAUUUUAAUUAUUUAAAAAAUGGUCGAUUAAAUCUAUGUAUUUUACGUGAUUAUAUUCUACAGCAAUUGAAACGUUGUAUGGACCAGUUUCAUACGGAAAAAUCAAAUAUACCACGUCAAUUUACUAAAGACAAAUGUGUUAUUGUAGAUGAUGAUAUUAAAACUUUGUUAGGUCAUAUUCAGAUAUUAAACGAUAUUCAAGCAAGCGAUGUGCGAAUAUUUAAAGAUCGUCAACAUGAUACAAGUGAUUAUAAAAUAACAUUGUUUAUUGUCCGUCCAAAAGCAGUGUAUAUGGAAAUAAUUGCCAAUACGAUUAAAGAUGAAUUGAGUAUAUUAAAACAACGUCUGAAACAAGUGAAAGGUGCAACAGUAACGAAACAAUAUGGUAUUAUAUUUGUACCUCGUCGUAGUCGUGUUUGUGAAGAGAAACUGAAAGAAAAAGGUGUUCGGGGUGAUAUUAUUAUUGAUGAAUUAAAUCUCGAUUUUUUACCAAUUGAUCAAGAUCUACUAACAAUGGAAUAUAAUGAUUGUUUUAAAGAUUUAUAUGAGAAAAAUGAUACAACAACUACUUACAAUAUGGCACAAGGUUUAACAACUAUACAAAAUUUAUAUGGAAUAAUACCAAAUGUUUAUGUUAAAGGUGACAAAGCGAUAGCAUGUUAUAAUAGUAUGCAAAGAUUACAAAGCGAAAUACCCGAUAAGGAAAAACGAGUACCACCUCAAAUUGAUAAUUUAAUUCUGUUAGAUAGAUCGGUUGAUUAUUUAACACCAAUGUUAUUUCCAGGUACAUACGAAGCAUUAAUUGAUGAAUUAUUCGGUAUUAAAUUCAAUCGCAUUGAACUUCCCACAUCGAUUUUAAGUGAAGAUUUUUGUAAAACUCAAAAAAUUGAUAGCAGUAGUGAAGAAAAAUUAAUGGUCCGUCUAUUGAGUUCUGAUGCAUUGUAUUCUGAAAUACGUUAUUCAAACAUGGUACCUGUAUCAGGGAAAAUGAAAGAACGUGUUGAAAAUAAAAAGAGAUUACGUGAGGAAUGGGAGAAGAAAUAUAAAGAUACGAAAACAGGUGAAUUACAAGGUCAAAAAUUAGUUGAAAUGAAAGAAUUUGUUCAAAAAUUACGUGGUGAUCAGUCACAAACAUUUUCAACACAUUUUGAAUUAGUUUAUUAUAUUCGACAGCAAGCAAAACAAUUUCUUGAUAAAUAUGUUUAUAAUCAAUUUAAACUUUUAUUUGAUGCAUCACUACAAGAAGCAAUCAGAACCAUAGAAGAGGCAAUUGCAUACAAAGAAAAUAUUUUUCAUAUCUUGAGAUAUUUAUCAGUGAUGUGUUUUGUUUUGAAUGGAACAUUAAAACAAAAAGAAUAUGAUUUAAUCAAAAAAGAUAUUGUACAAACAUACGGUUUACAGUAUUUAGUAUUAAUUCAUUCACUCGAAGAAGUUGGACUAUUAUAUCAACAGCCAUCAGCACAACCAACAAAGAACAGUGAAACAAUGUUUGAAAAAUUAAAACAAGAUUUAAAUUUAUUACAAAUGAAUGUUAAUAUGAAUGAACCAGAAGAUAUACAUUAUAUUUGGAAUCAAUAUGCAGCAAUUAGUAUUAGAUUAAUUGAAAAAAUAGUCUAUGGUACUACUGGUACAAAUAAUCAGGCAUUAAAUGAUAUUAUGAAUUUAUUACCGGGAAAAACACUUGUUGAUACUCAACAAGUUCCCAUGGAACUUAAACGUCAACGACAUGGAUCAACAACAUCAUUACAAUCACAAAAUAAAUUUGCCAUAAAUAAACCGACAACACAGAUGACACCAUCAACUCUACAACAAUCAAAAUUGACAAUGGUCGUAUUCAUUGGUGGUGUUACAUAUGGUGAAAUUGCAGCAUUAAGAUUUUUAUCAGAUAUAUCAGAUAAUCAAAAUGAUUUUAUAAUAGCAACAACACAUUUCAUAAAUGGUACAACUCUAAUAAAAUCUUUAGUUGAAAUUGCGCAAUAA